AAGGCACAAGUAUAAAACUACUAGUUUGAUUGGUACAUAAUUGAGUUAGUCAUGGAGUCCGCAGCUCACAAAACAUGCAAAAACCAAAAGGAGGUCCUGCAAACGUACCCAAUUUUUUUGGGCUGUCAAACAAGAAACAGCUCGAUUUUUCUACGCGAUAUUUCCCUGCAAAUCGUAACUUCAUCCCGCACUCUAACGCAUCAGAACUGUUUGUAAAAGUGUUGUGGUGCUCCGCGGGACAGCGUUAGGCAGGACGGCAAUCAUGCACCGGGUCUAGCAGAAAACUGAUCAUCAGCAGGAACCCUCCCCUCUCCCAUCACCCGGAGUCUGGCUGCCAAGUCUGGACCGAACCCGACCGAAAUGCCCUUCCCCCGGGCCGAACUACGCGCCCAGGACCGGCGAAUUUAGCUCACCGGAUAGCCGCAACGCACAGGUUUCCCCGUGUGAAGCCACCCGCGGUAGAACAGCGGCGCUUACCUGUUAGGAUGCCGACAGUGACCCUGAUCUCGGCCUCCCCCUCCUCCAGAGCCGCCAUUUUGGCUCCUUCCGUGCAGCCUUCGCCAAAUCUCGUGCCAAAUCAAUGAAACUGAUAGAUCUCGCGCGCUCUCGCGAGAACUCGCCGGACCAUUUCCCAGGCCCGCGAAAAAACGACAACGGAUCGCCAAACAACACGAAAGAAAAACCCGCACACGAAGCAUACACCUGAAAAAGUGCAAGAUUUCUGUCUAAGAAAAAUGUAGUUUUCGUCAGAUGUAUACAAUUUUGAUCAGGCGUGUUUCCUUUCUGAAAUUUCAAGUUUUUUUGCGUGUCUGUGCCGCAUGAGCAGUCUCCAAGGAGUUUCAGCUGCCAACAACAACACGAAGUUUGAAGGCAUGGCGUGACAAGUGCAAUUCUCGGCCUCUAGAGGAGUUUGGCAGGUCCAUACAUUCUUCUCCUUAUUCUUAUAGCCUCUCUCGACACUCAGAGACACCAAAGCGCACACAAGUGUGGACGUUUUUAGCUCUAUUCGUGUCAGGACAGUGCACCUGCAGCCCACCUGUGAAUCCACCUGUUACGCUUUGCACCUGUAAGAGAAAAAGCGUUCGCACAAAGUCUUAGAAAAAAAGGAGUGCAGACUUGAUCAUCGCCAUGGCGAUGGAGAAGCAGCACGUUCUGCGGGACACCCACAACCACUCGGUAACGGCGCUGGGUCACCACCCCACCCGCAGGGAGAUUCUCGCUGGCUUCGAGGACGGAGUCAUCAAGGCCUGGGAGUCCGACAGCGGCAAACUGUCACAGUGUGUGCAGGAGCACGCCGGGUGGAUCACAGACUUCCUGUUCUGGGCGGAUGAGAAGCUCCUCCUCUCAGCCUCCAACGACGGGACCAUCCUCUGCUGGAGUGCCGGCGGGACCGUCCUGGACCGCAUCACCUUCGGCUAUCCCAUCUACAAGAUGACGCUCAACGUCAGGCGCCACCACCUCAUCUGUGGGUUCAACGCAGCCGUGAAGCUCUUUGAUCUUGACGAGAACAAGGAGAGCGGGCACUUCAUCAAGAUGCGGGGGGCGCACGUCGCCCGCGAGCACACGGACAUCGUGCGCUGCAUCGUGUGCCACGAGAACCGGGUCUACACGGCCGGGUACGACCGCAAGUUCAUGAUCUACGACACCAUCACCUACCCGGGGACGAAGGGCCUGAACGUCUUGUACAGCAACCACAACGCACACGACGCCGGCAUCAACUGCAUGAUCAUGGUCAAAGACAGCGAGAACAACACGUGGAUACUAACCGGGUCGUUCGACAAGACGGUUAAGAUCUGGUCGCCCGACGGGCAGCUGACGCACAAACUGGACGGUUUCAUGUCCGCCAUCACCAGUAUCUGUUACUGCAAGCCCAGCAAGACGGUUUGGGUCGGCAGCGGAACGUCCUACGCCAGUCUGUACGAUCCCAAGUCCGGGGAGAAUGUAUCAGAUUUCAUCGGGACGUUCCAGUCGGAGGGAGAGCAGACGCUGAAGUACCACCUGCAGCUGCUGUGCUUCUGCCCAGAGUUUAACCAGGUGGUUGCCUCCAGUAGCCGGCGGCAGCUGUUCGUGUGGAAGUACAACACGUCAGGCUGCAUCACGGCGCUCAAGUGUAAACAUGCCGUGGAGAGCCUCACCUACACACAGAAGGUGCCCAUCCUGAUCUUCAGUGGCGGCAGUGACGGGAUGUUGAACAAGUUUGAGAGACUACAGACCAACACCUUCAUGUACAGUAAGGAGUCUUUCCUGUACAGUGAGGCUCAGGCCAAGCUUGCCGCCAUGCUGAAAAUCAAGAACAAGAGAACCGAGAGCGACUCCACAGGGCACAGCUACCAGUCUGCCACCAGGCAGCACGCCGUGAACAAGCCAUUCCUCCCGCCAGGGAAGAACCGCCGACACGCCAACGUGGCCCUGCUACGAACGAUGUUUGUGGAAAGCCUGGACUUGUUAGUCGCUACAUGCGAGGAUAGCAACAUCUACGUGUGGGGCUUCGACGACGAGGCGGCCACGGUUCUGCAGAGGAUGCAGCCGUCGACGUCUGAGAACCUGGUGCAGAAGUACCUGAUCCUGCUGGGCCCGCAGUCGCAGCUGCUGCCCAGGAACGGUGCCGGCGGGCAGCUCGACGACCACGACUCCGUCACCAACCGCGUCGCAGGCUUCAUCUGCAAGAACGUGCUGCAGGGGCACAACAGCUGCGUCACGUCCGUCAUCGUGGUCGGGAAGGAGGCGGGGUACGACAGGGCGUACCUGGUGAGCGGCGGCUGGGACCGCAGACUGCUGAUCUGGGACCUGGCUGCGGGAACGCUGCACGACUUUUUCCGCAGCAGCACCCCAGAACUCGCCCCCGAGGCACAGGAGCUGGCGUGUGACGGCAUCAUCAUCGACAUGGCCUACUGUCCUAAACGGAACGAGUUUGCGUACGCCUCCAGUGACAAGAUGGUCUACAUACGGACCUUCAGCCCUGUUGGGAGCGAGAUGACACUUGUCAACACACUACAGGGACACGAGGCAGAGAUUACACAGGUUCGGUGGAACCACCUGACAGACAAGUGGGUGACGGCCUCUGAGGACGGCACGCUGCGGAUUUGGUCGGAGGACGGCAUGAACUGUGACCAGAUCCUCAACGUCCACGGAACGGUGAGCGCCCUGUGCAUCGACCAGACCAACGGCUGUAUGGUGGCGGGGGUGCAGGACGUCAUCAAGGUGUACGAAUCGGAGCAGUACAAACUGGUGCAGACUAAUGUUGGCCACACCGACGCCGUGCGCUGCAUCAUACACAUCCCAGAGCGGGCGCAGUACGUGUCUUCUUCGUGGGACAUGACUAUACAGAUUUGGAACGCUUACAAGAAACCAGUUCCACGGAAGAAGGUUCAGCUGGAUGAAAACAAGCCCAAGACCUUUAUCUUCCCGCCAGGAGGAACGAUCAGCGAUGCAGUUUCAGAGUAGAUUAACUGAACCGGGGCUACCAAUAUUAGCCUGGGUGCCAUCCUACGUAGUUUCCGCCCGCUCCCUGAUGUCAAUGGCAUUACGGAGCCAGCAGAAACUACAGAGGAUGG